CGCAGUCUGACACGGGCCUUUAGACCAGACGUGUGGUUACUCGGGCGAAACACGCGAGCGCUGACGGCACGGACUAGAACGUAAUUCUCUCGAGCGGCCCCCAGCAAGUACACUCCAACGGAGAACCUAAGAAAUCUCAGUGACGCGCAAAUGUGAAUACCGCGGCAGCGUCGUCGUGCGACUGAUUAGCGGUCAAUCAUAUUUAUUCUGAAUCAUGUCGCAAUACGAAGACGUCAUCCUGGAAGCCAAGGAGAAGGAGGAAAGUUUACCGCUGGAAUUGGGAGGAGUGCGGCAUCGCAUCCCGUGGAGCGACCGCGUGUUGCUGAACAGCGAGAUACCUGGUUUGUACGAGGUUAAAGAGUUGUUGGACGACGAUGACGCGAGCUGCCUGGCGGAGGAGGAGGACGGAGUCGGGUGUCCGUUGCCCUCGACGCCGGAAGAUGAUCAUCUCUUGGAUUGUGAGAUGACCGAGGUGUUGAAGGCGGGGGUACUGAGCGACGAGAUCGAUUUAGGUGCACUAGCGCAUAAUGCAGCAGAGCAGGCCGAGGAAUUUGUUCGGAAGGUGUGGGAGGCGUCAUGGAAACAGUGUCAUUUUAGGAAUCUACCAAGAUGGUUGCAGGAUAACGAUUUCUUGCACGCUGGCCACAGGCCGCCUUUGCCCUCGUUUUAUGCGUGCUUUAGGAGUAUUUUUCGAAUUCAUACAGAAACCGGCAAUAUCUGGACACAUUUACUAGGCUGCGUUGCCUUUAUUGGUAUAGCUAUAUUUUUUCUAACGCAACCUCCUGUAGAAAUUCAACUGGAGGAAAAAUUGGUGUUUGGUACCUUCUUUGCUGGUGCUAUACUUUGCCUAGGAAUGUCAUUUGCCUUCCACACAGUUCAUUGCCACAGUGAAUGCGUGGGAAAGCUAUUUUCCAAGCUAGAUUAUUGUGGUAUAGCUAUGCUUAUUAUGGGUAGUUUUGUACCAUGGCUUUAUUACGGAUUUUAUUGCGACUAUCAACCUAAGCUAAUCUAUCUGUCUGUGGUGGUUGUCCUCGGUAUAACCAGCAUCGUAGUCUCAUUGUGGGAGCGAUUUGGCGAACCAAAAUAUCGUCCGCUCAGAGCCGGAGUUUUUAUGGGUUUUGGACUUAGCGGGGUGAUACCAGCUGUACAUUAUGCCGUCGCCGAAGGUUGGUUCAAGGCGAUUAGCCAAGCCUCCCUUGGAUGGUUAAUACUAAUGGGAUGUUUGUACAUAUUAGGCGCGUUAUUUUAUGCUUUAAGGGUACCUGAACGAUUUUUCCCAGGAAAAUUCGAUAUUUGGUUUCAGAGUCAUCAAAUCUUCCAUGUAUUAGUGAUCGCAGCUGCUUUUGUUCAUUAUCAUGGCAUUACGGAAAUGGCAAUGCACAGAAUGACAAUAGGCGACUGCACAAAUCCAUCGCAGGUGUUGGCUUUUUAAAUCUGCGAGCAUAUACCUUCAUCUUGUUGAUAACUUUCAUAUGUCAUUAAUCUAAUAAGACUACAAAGAUUCCUAAAUCUUACGCCAGCAUAUUUGUGCUGUUGAAAGAUGUGGUAAACCUGUAAAAUAGAUACAUUUAAUUUCAGAUUUAUGUUAGAAUAUAUUUUAGAAUAUUUGUUGCUCGUUUAUUUAAUUGAAUUAUUAUAUUUUAUUAUUAAUUUUUAAGCUACAAGUUAUUUUUUGAGGAUACCUAUUUAAUUGCGAGCUGUAAGUUACUUUUUGAAGAUACUAUGUAAUUACAAGGUGUUUGAUAGCCUUGAGUUUACUUGAACUGUCUUUCAAAUUAAUAAUACAAUUUGGAUGUAUACUGAUACACAUGCGAUUGAUAUAUUUCUUUACAAUUAAACGAAUUCGACAUCAAUAAAACUUUACGUAUGCGGUAAAUUUAAGUGCGCGUGUAACUACAUUGAAAUACAGUAUUCAAUCUGCAGUUCUCUUGAACUUCUCUAAAUAUGAGACGUGAAAGUCUACAUAUCAUUGUAUAAUCUAUCGAAUUCGGAUACUACAAAUGAAAUGGAAGUUCGACAGAAGUACACAAUGUAAGUUUUUACAUGGGCAUGUAUUACUUAUUUUUUGAUUUUGGAAAUUAUUUUACAAAAUUAUAUGGAUAUUUAUGUACAUUUUCCUUAUAUUUUUCUCUUUAUUUCCGUACAUUAUAUUAUGCUAUGUUACUGUUAUAGUAAAAAUAGCAGAAAUAGUUUUAAUUAAUUAUUAUUACAAAAAGUUACAAUCAGAGCGUUUUGGAUUACUGAAAUAUCCAAGCAUUAUUUUGAAUCGCGCGCUUUGAUAAGAAAUAAAAAUACUACCUGUUUUCCUAUAUGAAAUUUAUAUAUUUAAAAUAAUAUGCGAGACGCGAAAUACAGACAAUAGGCAACGAAAACGAAACGCGUAUGUGACUAAGAUUUAGGAAGCAACCGUUGCUACAUGAACGAUUUUGUAGCAUAAUACUGUAGCAUAAAUACUGUAAAGUCUAUAUUUUGAACAAAGUCAUUGUUAAAAUAAUAUAUGAAAUUUGUUUAACAUAUACUAUCAUUUUAUAUAUGUAUGUAUAUAUAUAUAAAAUGCGUAAUGUACCAAUCUAAUUUUUUCAAAUGUAUUUCUCAUUUUCCAAUUUGUACACCGUAUUCAAAGUUCUUAAUAUAUAGAAUUCUGAUUAUAUAUUUAUAUAUAUACACGUAUAUAUAUGUAUAUAUCAGAUGUAUCAAAAAGAUUUGGUAUAUAAAAGGACUCUGAAAGGGAGUGGGACGUUGUUUAAUCUUUGAAUUAAACAUGACUAACUUAUA